CGAUCUCAUGGAUGGUUUGAACACUCACCCUAGAAACAUCACACCAUGUGUUCUCUAUGUUUGCAGAGUUCAUGGCCCCUUGAAUCCACUCAUCGUUUCUAGGUUGAUAAACCCUGGGGCAGGGUGCAAGUGGAGAUGAGGGUUGAGCGGUGUGAGUUGGGUAUUUGGAGCUGCAGAGCUUUCUACCUUCAAGCUGCUCUGUGUUGGUCAUGGGAGGGAGUAUUUACUGAAUGAAUGAAUGUAUGUGUGUGUGUGUGUGUCCAACUCUGUUCUCCAUUGCAGGAUAAAACCAAAAUGAAUCUCCACCUACUUCUGGCUCUUCUACUUGGGACAGUUUCAGCUUUUCAUCUGAGAAAGUGUCCUUGGCCUUCAGCCUUUCUUUCUCUACUUGACUCCUUACUAUAUUGGGGAGGUGCCAGAAAGUGGGGCAAAGGAGAUCCCUGUGGAGGGAUGCUGCUAGAGGAAGAGGAAGACAGGGGCUCUGGAAGUGAAGAUGCCCCCAGGGAAGAGGGGGUUGUUGAGUCCAUCUCAGCCUUGGAUGAGGUAGACAGGGGCCUUCAGUGUCCUAAGGAUGAGGACACAGUAAAACUGGAGGGCAUCCCUGGAUGCAAGACCUGCCGCUUCCUCCUGUUAACUUGCCAGAGGUGCUACCGGGGCAGACUCAUCUCCAUCCACAACUUCAGCCUUAAUUACCAGAUCCAGUGCUUCGUCCGACAGAUCAACCAGGGCCAAGUCUGGAGCGGAUGCCAGGUCACCGGCUGGGGUCGCUGCACACACUUUUGCUGGCUCGAGGGCACUCCCUGGAAUUUUGCAUACGGGGCUGCUGGCCAGCCCUGGGGCAGUGCUGGUAGAUGUGUGACCCUGUGCACCCGAAGAGGCCACUGGCGUCGAGCUCCCUGUGGCGUGGGUCUCCCGUUCAUCUGUUCCUACUGA